AUGCUCACUAGAUUCGCACGUCAGCAAACACGUACAAUUUUCACUUCCCGCGCCGUUUUAUCGAGUGUGGAAGGUCAAGCAAAGCAAGAUCCAAAGGUGAUAGAACAAGAACGUAGAAGGCAAGACAAAGCAGGAAACAAGAACGAGCACGGCGAGGAUGUGUCACCACACGAUCACGCACCUGGCUGGAAUCCUACACUUGCUACUAGCUCAGAGGAGGCCGCUAAAGCUGAUAGAGACCCUCAUGCUACACCAGAAGAGCUCGCUAAGAACGCUAACAGAACUGCUGAAAAAGUUAACAAAGACACUGGAAAUAUCUAA